CCACCGGGCCGUGUGGUUGGUUGUCGGUUCCUCCGGUUCUCCCACCUUUAAACCUCUCCCUGCCGCGCGCGUCACAGACACGAACUUCCGCCGGGUUCAGUGUCAGUGCUGGAGUGCAGGAGCAGAACAACCCGGGUCCCUUAGCGGAGCAUGUCCCCGGCCGCAGCAGCGCUCCUCUCCCCGGGCUCUAAUUGGAGGCAGCGCACUGAGCAUUACGCGCGUGUCCGGAGGAUGAUGACCGAGCUCAGACGCAGCUCGGACACUUGGUAGCGGCAGAUGGACGAGCGACGGAAGAGGAGGCUGACGUUCUGCAGCAUAGGACUGAUAUUCCUGCUGAGCGGUGUGGAGUAUGCUGUGAUCCUGCCCACAAUAUGGAGGUACCUGCAGACUCUAGAUGCGGCGCCUUACUUCCUGGGUCUGGCCCUGUCGGCAUUCAGCCUGAGUGGCCUCCUGACGGGGCCGCUGUUCGGCUACUGGUCCGACAGAACACAAGCCACCAAGAAGAUCAUCCUGUUCGCCAACCUCUUUGAGAUAAUCGGUAAUUUCAUGUAUUUCAUGGGCUACUCCAAGUGGCUCUUACUGGCAAGCAGAUUGGUAGCAGGCAUCGGCACAGGUGCUGGCUCAUCUAUCUUCGGCAUCCUGACCAGGAGCACGGCUCCAGACGACCGGGCCACAGUGUUUGCUGCUGUGAUGGCGUGUCGACAGGCCGGCCUCCUGAUUGGUCCAGCAUUUAACAUCUUCCUGAGGCUGUGUAAUUUCCAGCUGGGACCUUUUGUAGUUAAUAAAUAUACUGCACCUGGGCUGUUCAUGUGCUUGAUGUGGAUCCUCCUCCAGCUGGUGGUGGUCCUCAUGUACUCGGACCUGCCACCUCUGGAGAGAAAGAAAGUACAGGAAGCUUCCACAGCAAUUAAGAGCGGGGACCAGGAGAACGAGUCAGGGCUCCUGGAAGAUGAGGAAGAGGACAACGAUGAGGUGAAGCCCUUAAUGACGUCCCAGGAGCUGGUGGGGUCCUACGGCUCAGUGGUGCCUCCCAACCACAGGAGAAACAACAUCCCUCCUGCCUCUAACUCCACACUGAGUCAUGUCUCCCCUCCUCCCUCACCCCCGCCAUCAGAGACCCGAGAGUCCUCCAGCCCCAUCAAGGAAUUCAGCAUCUCUCGAGAGUUCCUGAGAGAAGAGGUGGUUGUGCUGUUGGCUGCUCAGUUCAUCACCCUCUUCAAUCAGACAGCGCUGGAGACGAUGGUGACUCCACUGACUCAGAAGUACUUUGGCUACGGGGAGCUGGAGAACAGCGUGAUGUACUGUCUGUGUGGCGUGGAGGUGAUCGCUGGCUUCUUCCUUGUGCGCUGGCUGAGCCGGCGGGUUGGGGAGCGGGUGGUCCUGGCCGUGGGUUUGGCCAUCUGCAACAUCUCUGGCGUCUGGUGCCUCAUCUUCCUGGCGACCCCACUAGGGACGUAUCCUUUGCCGCUGACUGAGUUCAUCAUCGGGGUGUUUCUGCAGGUUCUGGGUUUGCCGUUCGUAGCUGUGGCCCAGGUUUCCCUCUUCUCCAAAAUCACCUGUGAGAAAACGCAAGGUUUCUGUCAGGGAGUGCGUCGCUCAGUGGGAGGUCUAGCCACCAUCCUGGGCCCUCUGUGGGCAGGGGGCCUCACCGAGAACAUUUAUAUCAUGCUGGGGGUGAUGAUGGGACUUCUGGUGCUGCUGACGAUUAUGCUGGCGUUCUCCUUUGACCGUAUGGUUGAACCUUCUGCUGAGGAGGAACCUGAAGGCCCGGACGGCCGUGCUUAAUCGAACAGUAACAAUCAACAUGGAAGGUAGCUGUCUGCAAAAUGAUAAUCGAUGCAGUGCUGAAGAACUUGGUGUCACAUUUGUAAAAAUCUAUAAUAUUUGUUUUUCAUAAAUGUAAAAUAUGAAUUUGUACGAGACGGGUUAAUACCACUAGUAUUAUGUCCCGUCUUCCUGCAUCUUAACUUGUAUUUUCUUGGCACACACCCAACAGCACUUGUCACCACCUUGGACUUUGUGUGUGGAGGCAGAUGAAAGUACUGUUUUAUAUUUAUAUACAUUUAUAUAUUUCCCAUGGAAAUAUAGCGUCACAGUAGCACCACGUGUGCAAGCCUCGGCAGUCCUUUAGGAUUCUGCAGAAUCACAAAUUAUGUUUAACUGUUAAAUUAAUUCACAUGCUAAAUGUUUCUGGAUUUAUUUGAACUGACCUUGUGUUGCAAUAUAUAAUCUUAUAACUUUAUUAAUUUAAUCCUUACAUUAUAUUUUGGACAAUUGAAGUAAAAUAAGCUAUGUUUCUAAAGUAAGUUUCUUGAGUUUCUGUAAAGAUGACUGGAAAGUGAAAUAUUUAAAGGUUUGACUAGAAUCUUUAACAGAGACAAUAAAAUAAUUUCAACCUUGUA